UUUUCCUGGUUCAUCAACCUGAUCAUCUAUGUGCGUGUCAUUGAGACUGUGGUAGCCAAAACGAAUGGCUCUCAAGUCGAUCAUGGAUAUUCACAAGCUUACUGUGAAGCAACAGAAUUUGGGAACAUCAAACCCGAAUUCUUUUUGAGUAUCAUACUGAUUCAAGAUCUCUUCUUUGUGACCCUUAUGAUGUGGACCAGCCUCUACAUGGUGAUUCUCCUCUAUAGACACCAUAAGGUAGUCCAGCGUCUCCACAGCCCAAGCCUUUCCUCCCAGUCAUCUCCCGAAUGCAAAGCUACUGAGAACAUCCUGUUGCUGGCAAGCUGCUUUGUGUUCUUUUUUUGGGGAAACAACUUUGUCACCCUUUAUGAGUUUUAUGCACAUGAGAAAAUGACAAGUUUGAGGGGUUUUAAUACAGUUUUAACAACCUGCUACCCUACCAUCUCCCCAUUUUUACUAAUGAAGAAUAGUAAAGUUAUUUCACAGUUUACUUCUUCCCAGUCACUACUGAGAAUUACAUGU